ACAGAAAAUUAAUUUUUUGGUUCAAGUUGCCGAUACAAAGCUGUUCAAACUUCCUUUUUUUCAAUUAUAAUCAAAAGUAUUUCAUCUAAUAAUGAGUAAUAAGAAGGGUGAUAAGCAGGAAGAUGAACAAGAGGUUGUUCAAAUCAAUAAAUGGGAUGGAUCUCAAGUAAAACAUGCAAUUGAUGAUGCUUUUAAGAAUGUUCUCAUGGAGCGACCAAAUUGCAGAGAACAUUUUGCUAUCAUUGAUGGACGUCUGUUUAUUUGCGCUUUAGCAGUUGGCGUUGCUUUGUUUGCCCUCGGCUAUGAUUACAUCUACACCUUCCCAACGUCAAAACCAAUUUUAAUUGUUUGUGUUGCUUCAUACUUCGUUCUUAUGGGAAUCCUAACGAUCUACACAACUUACGUUGAAAAAGGAAUUUUCGCUGUAGCAAUUCAAAGUGAUGGAAGUGGUAAAACAUUGAGGAAAUGGACAGCAAGUUCUGACAUGAAGAAAUAUGAUGAUAAAUAUACGCUCACACUCAGCGUGAAAGAUUCGAAGAAUGUUCGUGAAGUUUCAGUCACAAAAUCAUGCGCUAACUUCGUUGAUGUUGAUGGCGUUGUUUGCACAGAUCUGGUAGGCGCAGAGCUAAAGCGAAUCUACAAUUCUUUAAAUAAUGCUGAAAAAAAAGACAAGUAGAAAAAAUGUUUUUCUGUUUCUCAAGAAUAAAAGAAAAUGAAAGUUUUUUUUAAAUUUUUAUUAUUCUACAGUAGGUAGCAUCUUUGAUUUGACAUCUUUAGCUGUUUAAGAAUAUAUUUUUGUUAUUACAAACCAUACAGGUAAUGUACGUUAAGCUACCAGCUUUUGUAAUUUUAAUUACUUAAUUUGACUUAAAAAAGCUUAAGUAGUGAUUAAUCAAUAAAACUAAAUUUUCCUUUUUCUAAAUUUAUAUUCAAUUUUCAAAUGUGACUGUUUACCGAUUUAUGUAUACCGUCAACAGCUGUGAAUCUAGUUUUUUUUUAAAUUCUCUUCAUCCACAUUUGUCGAUUUAAAAUUUUAACGCUGUGAUGUUUUUCACAAGCCAAUUCAGCGUCUUGAGGUGAAUUGAAAUUAAUGCAAGCAUUUCCUGUUGGUUGUCCCAUAUCAUUGUAACGUCUGAUGAUUUGAUCUUGAUGGAGAUCGAAUUC